AUGAUUGCACAAACAACAAAUUCAGUUUCAAAUAAUGAAGACCAACAUGUUACUAUGGAUAUUCCAAUAAAUAAAGAAGUUGCAUAUCAUUUUAUACCAACACAAGGCAGCCACAUAGAUGAUGAUGACACAGGUUUUUAUAAAGAUCAAAAUUGCGAUUGGUGGCUGCGAGCUACAAAGCUUAAAAGUUGUAAUAGAUUUGAAAUUGUUAAGUAUCGCAACACUCACUCAUGUGAAGCACAACACAUUAUAAGUCAUCAUCCACAUGCUUCUGCGGAUGUCACUGCAGAAUACAUGCUACCUAGUUUCUUGAAUGGAAAAGGUCCAUCCACAAGAGAUAUAAAAAUUAUUGUUCAAGCAGAUUUGGGUUGCAAGAUUAGCUACUGGAAGUAUUUGAAAAUCAGUGAGAUAGCAAAGGCUAUAAUAAGAGGGACACCGGAUUAUGGGUAUACCAUUCUAGAUGGUUACUGUCAUAUGCUAAUGAGUGUAAAUGAAAGAAGCAAGACAUCCUUGAAGAUUGAUGACCAGGUAAGGUUUAAAUAUUUUUUUGUAUCUCUUGGAGCUUGGAUUAGGGGAUUCGUGCACAUGAAAAAAGUCUUAGUUGUUGAUGGAACAUUCUUAAGUGGUCGUUAUGAUGGAGUUUUGUUGGUUGCUGUAGCGCAAGAUACAGAGAAUCAUAUUUUUCCUGUUGCAUUUUGUGUAGUAGAUAAGGAGUGUGAUGCCGCAUAUCAAUACUUUUUUGAGAAACCAUUAGAGAUCAUCCCUAAUACUUCAAAAUUGUGCAUCAUUUCUGAUAUGCAUCCAAGCAUCGGAAAAGCAAUAUUAAAAUUUUAUUCUAAAGCACACCACGGCUGUUGUACGAGAAUUAUCAAUGCGCAAGUUGCUAAUUAUCUACAGAAGAUUGGCUUUGACAAAUGGAGUAGAGCAUAUUUUCCAGAAAACAGAUAUAAUAAAUUGAGCUCAAAUAUUGUUAAGUCUGUUAAUGCAAUACUUAAGGAAGAAAGAGAAUUUCCUAUUACUGCUUUGUUCAAUGAUAUAAGUAAGCGAUGGUCAGAAUUAUUUCAUGAGAGACGGAUGAAAUAUGCCAAGUUAAAAAUCAUCUUUGUCCCUUCAACAGAAACUAAAAUAAUAGCUAACAAGAAUUUGGUAAAUAAGCUUUUGAUCCAUCAAAUAGAUGAAGACACGUUCAGUGUUACCGUAGAUAAUGGGAUUGCAAUGGUCCGUCUACGAAGCAAAACAUGUUCGUGUCGAGAGUUUGAUUUGGAUAAAAUACCAUGUCAACAUGCUAUGGCAGCACUUAGACAUAAAUUUGGAGAUGAGUAUGGAAAGAUGAUUUACGAGUAUUCUUCUCCAUAUUAUAAGGUAGAGUCAUACAUACUUGCAUAUGCAAACCCAAUUUAUUCGGUACUAGCUGAAGAAUUUUGGAACCUUCCACCAAAAGUUUUGGAGAGAGUAAUACCUCCACCUGAAAAGAAGACUAAACCGGGAAGAAAGUGGUGA